CUAACACGCAAAUUACGCAAGAAGACGGCUUCAGACAGCAAUCAAAUGUCCAGUUUGUCAGGCUAGCUUUCAGAUCCCAGAAGAGGACACGUUUGGCGGCCUUCCUGCAUCUUUUCAUCUCAACCGACUGGUGGAUCUUCUUGCUCUAAGGGAUGGCAAUAUAGAAUCCCAGCAAUGCGGCAGCUGUGAAGAAAACAACACUACAACUUAUUACUGUUUCGAGUGCCAGAGCUUUCUCUGCACAACUUGUUUUGGAGCCCAUCAGCGCAUCAAGGCCACAAGAGGUCACAGAAAUAUCUCUGUCGAGAAUAUGCAGGUAGACGAUGUUGACGAGUUGAUUCGCAGACCAGUUAUGUGUUCAGUGCAAUAUCACCAAGAUCAACCGCUUGAAUAUUAUUGUAAAGACUGUUACGUUUGCACCUGUAUAAAGUGCAGUGUUGUGAGUCAUAAUCGACACACUAUGGUUGAUAUGCAGAAAGCUGCAGAUGAACAAAAGGUGCAAAUAGUGGAGACUCUAAAGAAAGUGAAAGAAGAAGUUGCCAUUUUUGAAAAGAAAAUGAAGUACCAAACCGAGUUAAUGAACAAAAACAAAGCACAAAUAUCGGCUGCCAGAGAGAAGAUGAACGAAACUGUGGACGACUGUAUCCGCUUAUUAACGGACCAUAAAGCGAUGAUGAAUGCCAAAUUCGAUGAAAUUAAUCAAGCACAUCAAAAAGCUCACACAACACACCUGGAAAACUUCCAGCUCACUGUCACUCAGUUGGAAAGUUCUCUUCAACAAGGUGAAAAUAUCUUAGAGAGGAAUAUCAAUGCUGAAAUUUUGCAAACGAAGCCAGUGAUUAUUAGACGCUGCGAGGAUCUUUUAAAUGCAAUAAAACCUUUGAUAUACAAACCACCACGAGUUCAUUAUGUGGUAGAACAGAAAAUGGAUAUUUUGGAUCGAGUAGUCGUAAGCCAUACGGAUCCCUCUUUGACACUUAUCGAAGGACUAUCUGGGUAUGAGACAGAACAGAUGGAGACACAUUUUACCAUUAUUACGAGAGAUUCAGAGGAAAGUCAGUGCUAUAAUGAGGAAGAUCACAUAAGAUGUGAUAUUCGCAAUUACACAGAGAAUAGCUUGGAAGCAGAUGUAGAGUUUGAAGACGACGAAGAAGGUUGCUAUACGGUUAUGUAUACACCAUAUUGUGUCGGAUUAUAUGAGGUGAAGUUUGAGGUUAAUGGACAACCGCUGGAUAGUAGUCCCUGGAGGGUACAAGUCAUCCCACAUCAGUAUCAGUUCGACUUUAGAUUUGGCUCGAGUGGUAAUGGACCUGGACAGUUUAAUGGUCCUUAUGAUAUUGCUGUAAGUGAUAAGACAGGAACUAUUGCCGUAUCUGACUAUGAAAGUAAGAGAAUUCAGCUGUUUGACUGUGAAGGCCGCUACCUGAGAGAGAUAAGGCUGAGGUGUAACUGCACCUCAUUAGACUUCACCAAGUCCGGUCACAUAAUUGCCCUUACUCCUGGUGAUGUUCACAAGAUUUCUUUGUUUUCUGAGGAGGGUCAGUUUGUCGAGUACAUCGACAAUGAGCACUUGAAGUUUCCUUUUCAUGUAUCCACUGAUAAUGAAGAUUACAUAACGAUAUGUGAUCAAGAGAGUAAUGAAGUCAUAGUCAUCACUCCUGAUGGAACAGAGUUAGUGACCCGCAUCACUGCUUCAGAGCAUGAACAAUCAGUAACAUACGCCAUUUACCACGAAGACACAGACCGUUUCUUUGUCUCUGAUUCUAAUGCUGAUCUUGUUAAUGUUUUUGAUGAGGACGGAAACUUUCUUUAUGAAAUUGGUCGUGGAAGGUUACUUCACCCUGUUGGACUUGCUUUUGACAAAUUCAACAAUUUGAUUGUCUGUGAUACUGGAAACCAGAGACUUAAAGUAUUUACCAUUGACGGAGACUUUCUCUCAGAGACUGAACAAUGUUUCCACACACCGUAUUUUGUUGCUGUGUCUACAGGAGGGGACAUCCUAGUCACUGAUUACGAAAAAAACUGUGUUUUUAUCUUUCAAUAGACCUAUAAUAGCGAAAAAAGUGUUAAAGAUGAGUCUUACAGCUUGACUUUAGGGCACAAUCAUGAGCACAAAACAAUUUUUUUUAACAAAGUAAAUAAAGAGAAAGCUCGGGAGACAGUAAGUAAUGAGAACUUUAAAAUAUUUUGACAAUGCUGGCAUGACCAUUGUGGGUAUGCAUUACAGUUGCUCUGUUUCUUCUUAUUUUCAUUGUUAUCAUCAUCAUCAUCAUCAUCAUCAUCAUCAUCAUCAUCAUCAUCAUCAUCAUCAUCAUGACGGUUGUAAGAACUUAUGUAUGCCAUAAUAUUUUGCCAGACUGGGGCGUGAAACGUGGCCCAGACUACGUGUAGGAAUAAGUAAUCUCUCCAGACUUAUUAAAAGCUAAAUAAAUAAAUGAAGUGUAGUGACCAAAAAUCAAUAUCUUUUUUUAUUACUGUUAUUAUUAUUAUUAUUGAUAUUAUGAUUAUUAAUGUAAUUUGUGUCCAGAUUUAAAUGCACCUGUAAAAACAAUAAUCUUUCUAAUUUUUACUGCAGUGUUUAUCAGGUCUUAGGUCUUUGGUUGAGUUGUGUUGCUAACUCUUGUCUAUUUCUGUCUUCAGUUGGAACAUUUCAAAUGGUUUGUUAUUUUUUCCCAUACUAGAUUAUUUUGCUUAGGACAGAACAGAUCAUUGUACAUGCUGUUUGUUGUCAUUGUACAGGUUUUACAACUGAUGGGGAGUUUAAUUCCCUUUGAACUGCUGGACAUUUACAACCAAUUUCUGUGGUAGAGAUAAUUAAAAUGUCAAGAAAUGAAGCACGACACACGUGUCCCAAUAGCAUUGCUCGGGUGUUUCAACUGAGUAGGCAAGGAAACCCAUUACGUCAACAUGCAGCUGUUCCUGUAGAGGAUGUCAUGUGGAUGCAUUCGCUCAUGUCACAUGACUCAGUUCCAUUUGAGAGAUUCUUAUUUAUCCUGAGAAGAAAGCUGAUUCCCUUUAUGCAUGAUCCACACCCUUAGAUUAGAGACAAGCCAGAAGAAUCAGAAGAUGUGAUGAAAUCAAUAAUGGCCAUUUACUUGUACAGAAGAAAAAUUGAAGAUCUCAAACAUCACCCUAGUGAUCCCGCAAACUUUUCGGAGUACCUGUACCAACCAGAGAAAGGUGCUAAUGGUGAACGAAUCCACCACCGUGAAGACCAUAACCACCUUCUCAAAAAAUGCAUAGUCUCUCAUCUUCAUGAAGGGCUUACUCCAGACAUUGAUUUAAGAUACCUUAGAGAUGCUCUGCAUGACCCUGCUACUGGUUUGACAUAUGAGGCGCUUAAUGGGAAGAACAAGCAGUCAGUGCCUGACUGUGAGCGGCUCUUUGGUCUCGGAGUCAUUUCAUUCCUUGAAUGAAAAGGUCAUAUAGGCGGGGCCAGCAUUAUCAGACGGAUCCACAACUGGCACAAAGCUGUUGAUGGGAGAGGACUUUCCGAAGAACAGCGCUUGACUUACUGUAGAGACAUGAAAGAGUGGUUGCUAUCAGAUUGGAUGCCAUGGUACAGUUCUCAACCUGACUUUAGCACUAUUGAUGUGAACAGAACGAAGCUAAACCGUGCCUUUCUAAAGAGUCAUGGUAUGACAGUUCUGGUGAAAUGAGGGAUAAUGUGCGUCUUUGGACCCUUUCA